AGCCGGUAGCACCAAAGAAGUGCGCGAGAACCGAAACAUGGUUGCAAUGCAGAAGUUCGUGCAUUCCGUUGCUGGCUCGCUGGGACACCCCGGACUAGUUCCGCGCGCCCUCACACUGUUCAACCAGGCGCGAGGAAAAACACCGAAGUUUCGCUGGGGUCACAAGGCCAAGUGCCUCGCGGGGGCUUCUUUGGCUAUUGCUCUCAGAGAAUCAAACAAAGCGGAUUCGUUACGUGACAUCUCGUAUCUCAUUGACGAGCCGCAUGCUUCUGUGGCUCGUUCUUUCGUUCACAUCUCUCGCACCCUGAACCUCCCCAUUGCCCCCUCCGAUCCGACGCACUACCUCCCCGUUCUCCAGACUCACCUUUUGUCACUUCUCCAAUGCCCGCCGGGUUCCGCUUCGUCAUCGACUGCUACAACUUCCACUGCUCUACCCGCCAAUCUCAUAGAGGCUAUCACGCCCUUAAUACCUAACCUGACCAGCAUAAUCAGAACAGCAACUUCCAUUUGCUCUCUUAUAUACCCCUCAUCUGUCGAUACCCUCAACCCUUCCCCUACAACCCUCUCCUCCCUCGCCUCCCUCCCCAACCCACCCACAGCAGUCGCCGCACUAAUUCUCUCCCUCGAAGGCGAACUCCAGCGCCCGCUCCCACAACACUCCGUCCUGGCAGAUAAACUAGGCGUCCGGGUAGGCGCGGGCAAAGCUGCAGUGAUGCAGCGGUACAAGUUGAUCGCGGAAGCAGUGCUCACGGGCGUGGAGAGCGUCCCCUGGCUUACGAAACACGAAAAGCGCAGUGGCGGGCGGAGUAAAGUCCCCAAGGCCACCGUCGUGGUGCAGGGAUUGAAAGACGUGCUGAGGUUCUGGGAAGACAUAUGGAAAGGCGGGGCGGUGCCGGAGAGGCCGCAGCUGGAGCUGGAGGAAGAUGAAGAUUCGGGAGCGUGGAGCGGGGACGAGGCGGAGAGCGUUGGGGCGUCGUCGACGGGGAGUGAGGGCAGUGCGAGGUCGUUGAGCUCGGUGGAUAGCGCUGCGACAUCGAGGAAGAGGAAGCGGGGCAGCCGCAAGGUGACGCAGGCUUCGCAGUACCUGCUCAAUCCCCUCUCAACUUCUGUGCCGCCUUUGCCUGGCUCGUCAGGGGCAGGGAUAGCCUCGAACGCUCGUGCGACACUCGGCGUUCCGGAUACGUUCUCGCCGGCGCAUCUAUUGACUGCUCACGUAUCGUCUCUAAGCGCAGCGCCAACGAGGUUGCAGAUCCUCGCAAUCGAAAGAGGAGGUGAGGAGGAUGUGGGGGAUGAAGAGCUGUUCGAGGACGGCGAGCUAGAGGGGUUUAUGAGAACUGAAGAGGAGGUAGAGGUCGCGAGGCGCAUGAUCAUCGAUUCGGACGACGAAGACGGAGACCAGUGUGGUGCAGAAGACGUCCGCAAGAAACGCCGCGCGGACGGCGAAGUCCAGGGGACGAAGAGGAUCGAUAUGGAGCGGCUGGACGCCCUGUUGGCUGAUUCGGGCGAGGAGACACCGUCCUACGGGGAAGCAGGUGUUGAGGAGGUCAGCGAGUGGAGGCCUAUGUCCCCAGAAGUGGGUGGAUUUGGAGGGGAUAUAGAUGUCGGUGAUAGAUAUGAUUUCUAAACACUUUGCCUUGAGUAUAACUGAUGUAUCAUAGUUUCCUGUAAUUAUACGUGAGUGCAUGAGAACUGUUGCAGUGCUUCC